AUGUCGCAGGCAGGUCCGAGAGGGAACCAUAGUGUCACCAAAGCCAUCACAAGACUCUCCUUGACCAACAACCACCUCCAUUUGUCCCGCACAUCGUCAUCAUCAUCGACUUCAAUUGCAUCCCCACCAUUGAGACUACCACCCUCGGUCAUUGCGAAAAGCCAAGGAAUCAAAUACACAACCACCUACGCCAACUACGCCACCACCACCGACGGCAAACUCCUAUCCUACUUCCACGACAUCCCCUUGGACCUCGACCUUGGCACGCAGGAAGCAAACUUUGUCUGCGAGAUCCCGCGCUGGUCCAACGCCAAAUUCGAGAUCUCGCCUCAUCUCCCCGCGAACCCCAUCGUGCAGGACGUCAAGCUGGACGCGGUGCGCUUCGUCAAGAACUUGUUCCCUUACCACGGCUACAUCCACAACUACGGCGCCUUUCCUCAAACGUGGGAGGACCCCACGCAGGAGCACGCGGGAUUAUACGGCGACAACGAUCCGCUUGAUGUGUGCGAGAUUGGCUCCGACAUCUUGCACACGGGCGACGUGAGGCGCGUCAAGAUCUUGGGUGCGUUGGCGUUGAUUGACGAUGGCGAGUUGGAUUGGAAAGUCGUUGUCGUGGACGUGCGUGAUCCGCUUGCGUCGCUGGUGAAUGACAUUGACGAUGUCGAGACUUUGUGUCCGGGGUUGUUGAGCGCCACGAGACAAUGGUUCAAGGAUUACAAGUUAGCGGAUGGGAAAGCUGCAAAUCGAUUUGCGUUUGAGGCAAAGUAUAAAUCGGCACGGGAGGCGUUGCAAGUUGUUGCGGAUUGUCAUCAGAGUUGGCAGAGAUUGAUUCUGGGCCAGGUUGGCACCACUGAAAAAGUGCAGCUGUUGCCUGCUAUUGCCAACACUACAAUUAAAGGAUCACCGGGCCAUUUGCUGGAGUUCGAUACCAAACUCGACGAUUCCCCUCCUCAGCCAGACGCAGAGGUGCCUCAAAUUACAAACAAGAAUUACUACUUCAAAUAA